AUUCUUUAGAAAUAUUUAGCUAUUGUUUAGUUUUCAACGCUCGAAACUUGUUAAGCUUUUCAGUCAACAAUUGUUCCAAGCGCUCGUACUCGACGCCAUACGCCCAGCAUGUCAACAGAUCCAAAAUACGAUGAGCUCCAUAAGCAAUUGUUCGAGCAAGGUCUGGAAAUGCGAAGAAGCGUUGUAGGGGACGAAUACGUCAACCGAGCAUUGGAGAACGGCUCAACAGAAUUCUCACGGGCGGGCCAAGAGCUUGUUACAGAGUGGUGCUGGGGAUACGCAUGGACAAGACCAGGUCUUAGCAAGCAGCAACGCAGUCUGAUCAACAUCGGCAUGCUGAUGGCUCUCAAUCGUGCUCCUGAGCUGGCCGUCCACGUUCGGGGCGCGAGAAACAACGGCCUAUCCGAAUUGGAAAUUCGCGAAGCCAUUAUUCAUGCCACCACAUAUUGUGGCGUGCCUGCGGGCGUCGACGCCAUGAAGACGGCAGAGAAAGUGCUCAACGACAUGGCAGAGAAGGGUGAAAUGCCUCGCGAGCUGGGGAACAAGAGCGGCAAAACAUAGAACG